UCAAGCAACACCAUAGCUAGCGGCCAUGGCACAAGGAGUGAUGCUGUGGUAUGACCUCCAUGCUCUGGCUGCAGCCGUGGGGCCACUGCUACUAGUUUCUUCUGUGCUGGUGGCUACGUCGUCGACGGCGGCGAACUGCGGCAGGAAGUGUGGCGACGUUCGCAUCCCCUACCCGUUCGGCAUCGGCGUCGACUGCGCCUGGCCGGGCUUCCACGUCUCUUGCAACCAUAGCUUUACCCCUCCCAGACCCUACUUGUACAACAUAGAGAUCAAGGACAUCUCGGUGGAGGCAGGGGAGAUGCGCGUGUACACUGACGUCGUGUCCAACUGCUAUACUUCGUACAAUACCACCGAAUACGUAACGACCUCCUCGCAGGUCGACCUCGGUACGCCGUUCCUGUUUGCGCGGAGCAGGAACGAGUUCACGGCCAUCGGCUGUGGCGCGAUUGCGUUUCUACGGGGCAGGGACGAUGCGAGCUACUCGACCGGCUGCAUCACGACGUGCGCGAGCUUGGAGGAGGCCGCCCACGACGGUGACGACUGCACGGGGCUGGGUUGCUGCCAGGUGCCCUCCAUCCCACCCAACCUUAGCGUCUUAAACUUUUCCUUCGGCUCCGGAAGCAUGAUCGGCAACCCUGCUUGGAGAGAGAGCCCGUGUAGCUACGCAUUCGUGUCCGAGAAAGGCUGGUACAAUUUCAGCCGGCAAGAUUUCGGUCGUGCUGGCAGCAAGGGCUUAUUUGUCGAGAGUGAUGGAGCCAAAAGUGUCCCAACUGUACUUGACUGGGCCAUCAGGGGAAAUGGGUCGUGCCCGUCAACUGCAGGAGAGGUUGCUCCUGCUUGUAUCAGCGCACAUAGUGAGUGCGCCAACGUCACCAACGGAGAGGGGUACCUCUGCAAUUGUUCCACGGGAUACGCCGGCAAUCCCUAUGUCAUCGGCGGAUGCAUAAGAAAAACGGAGGAAUCGGAUGAAAGAGAUAGACUCAAAGGAAUUUUUUCAAAAGAUAUUAACGAAUGCAAGCAAAAUCCAUGCCGUGAUGGGACAUGUUAUGACCUCGAAGGUGGUUACAAGUGUAAAUGCGGUUUCAAUCGAGUAAAAGAUAAAAACGAUGACAAUAUUUGUAAACAAAUACUCUCCAAAUCGGAUAUAGUGGUGAUCGCAAUAAUAUGUGCCGUCGCAAUUUUGUCCAUCGUACUCAUUUUCUUGCGCAUGGAACAUGAGAAGAAGAAGCUUGAAGAUACUUUCAAAAAAAAUGGUGGUGAACUUCUGAAAAACAUUGGUAUAAAGACAUUCACGAAGAAGGAAAUAAGCAAAAUCACAGAUCGCUAUGGCACUUUCCUUGGAAACGGUGCCUUCGGUAAGGUCUAUAGGGGAACUAUUGACAACAACCAACAUGUUGCAGUGAAGCGCCCCAAUACGUUUGAUGAGGUACGUAGAGAAGAUUUUGCAAAUGAGGUCGUCAUUCAAUCUUAUAUCAGUCACAAGAACAUAGUUAGACUUGUGGGCUGUUGUUUGGAGACAAAGAUUCCGAUGCUGGUCUUCGAGUACGUCCCAAAAGGAAGCCUUCAAGAUGUGCUUCAUGGUAACAAGAAGAUCAAUAUUGAAAAGCAACCUCUCUCACUACAAGCACGUUUAGCAAUUGCUAUUGAAUCUGCAGAUGCUCUAGCCUACAUGCACUCAUCGGCUAAUCAAAAUAUUGUCCUUCAUGGAGAUGUGAAGUCUGGCAACAUUCUCCUAGAUAACAACUUCAUGCCAAAGGUCUCGGACUUUGGAAUAUCUAGACUCAUAUCUAUACAGAAACACCACACUUCAUUUGUCAUAGGGGAUAUGAACUAUAUGGAUCCUGUUUAUAUGAAGACUGGAAUGCUUACUGAGAAGAGUGAUGUGUAUAGCUUUGGAGUUGUACUCUUGGAACUAAUUACCAGGAAAAAACCAAGAUAUGAUGAAAAUAACAGCCUCCCAAUAAACUUUGUGAAGUAUUACAUGACUGAUAGCAGGGCAAGGGAGAUGUUCGAUGAUGAGAUCAAGUCUCCUGAAGUCAACAUUGACUGUCUUGACAUGAUUGGUAAGAUUGCAGUUCAAUCCCUCAAGGAUGAUGUGGAAGAGAGGCCCACCAUGAAGCAAGUUUUGGAGCACCUUAAUUUGGUGAGAAACAAAUUAAUGGAUACAGAGAUAAGCAUAUAAGAGUUGUUAUCACGUUUAUGAUCAGAAUUUCCUCCUACGACGCCUCAGUUUGCCUUGUUCAAUCUGUGAAGCUACAGCAUGAUCUAUGUUGCCUUCCUGUGAAUGUGAUUGUGUGUAAUGUUAAUUUGUUAUAUAUUCUGGUAUACUCUGUAUUGUACAAUAGAAUAAAGUUGCAAUGUAAGAUUUAUGGUAUCUUAGGUUAGAGUGUUGUGGUUGUGCUUUUCGCCCAGUUUCUCUUAAUUAACUGUGUAUUGUAAGGUUUGGUCUCUUUUUUCCUUAAAAUCAGACAUUUUCUUCUUUAUAUAAAGCGUUGGCAACGGCCU